GGAAGGAUUCCAGAAGUGGACAUCGUCCCUGUCAGGUCAGUCAGACCUUCCAAGUGGACAGAAGCUGUCUAUCAUGUUACCUUUCACUCUUGCUCUGUUUUUAUUGCCGCUCUGCGGUGCGGUCUACUAUGGACCUUUGCUCCCUGAAAUGUCCAACGGGACUUUUCACCACUUCUUCGUCCCGGACGGUGAUUACGAGGAGACCGUAGACCCGGAGAAAUGUCAGAUGCUCUUUAAAUGGAUCGACCGCAGGCCGUGUCCGCUGGAGGAAGACCAGGACUCGAUCAUACGAGAGGAUUUCAUCAUCAUGAAGCAGCAGAUAGAAGACGCGGCGCGCGUCCUGGAGAGCCUCGGGAAGAGCAUCUCCUACGACCUGGACGGCGAGGACAGCUAUGGGAAAUACCUGAAGAGGGAGAUCGUGCAGAUCAACGAGGCUUUCACAAACGUGGAGAAAUCUCUUGUGGAGCUGGAGACCAAAUUCAAGCAAAACCAGGAUACCGAGCAAAGAGAGGAGAAUGAGUUCACCAGUAACUUCAUCAACCCCAUGUAUAAUGUGAGGGACACUCUGCAGGAAACCCUGGACAUCUCUUCUGGACUCAAGGAUAAACAUGAACUCAUCUCUCUGAUCAUCCGGAGUCACGGAUCCAGGUUAAGCCGGCUUAAAAAUGACUACCUGAGUGUUUAGAGUCACAGACCUUCUGGACAGACUACAGUCCGAGUUGGAUUGUUGUUAUUCUGAAGUGUGUGAAACAUUGGAUCUCCAAAAUUUCCCAAAGCUUGAAACUUUUUUAGUGGUUUUGAGUACUGAAGGUACCUUCACUCUUAUAUGAUAUGGAGAUUUAAACAUGUUUUUGAGGCUUUAUUAUGUGUUCAUAAGUCUAUUGAUUUCUAUUUUUUUUUAUUGAUAAUUUUGUUUUUUGUCUCUAAGCAUGUACUGUAUACAGACAUGAUGUUAAGAAUGCGUAUGUCUUUUUUGGUCGCAUAGGUAAGUUAGUUGCGGAAAUAAAUUGUUAUAGCCACCAGUGAAAGAAAUUUAAAUUGUAUUUACUGUAAAAUAAAUAAAUAGAUAACGUAAAA